AUUCAACACUUUUGCGGGGAUGAAAGACGGAAAUUGCAUUGAAAAUCGUAUCAUCCGCGACAUGGUGGUGACGUUGCGAUUAUCGAAAACUAUGCGACGAAAAUUCAUGACUACGAGGUGAGCUCGUGUGUGUACGCACCAACACACACAAACAAUGUAUCUGAUAAGAACUACUGAGGUCAGCGAGUUAUCUCGUAAGGUUCUCGCUUCUCCCACACACUCCGGGUGUGGAUCCAUAGAUCACUAGCCAGCAUAUUUUGGAACGCAGCUAAAAAAGUCAGUUUCCAUUUUGAUGCAACGUUCAACGCUCCCCUCCCAAGCAAAGUGUUUGAUCAUGCCGCGACAACGCUGUUUGCGAAAUUCUAAUUGAAAGAUCGUUCUGGAUUAUUUACGCGGCUCAUUGUGUGCAAAUCAGGAACAAGACCUCUGUGUUAUACGUCGUAUACGUAGCAGAAUAUAAACUUUUCACGUUCGAGCGAGAAACGAUGCUCGGUAAGUUGAGCGCGCGGCUACGAUACGCCGGAAAAAGACUGUUUUUGAACUGCAACGCGACUUCCGCCGAUUUCAAACACGUCCGACUGAUCCACUUCACGUAUUUUCCGAGCAACGGGCGAAAUGUCGUCGGUGAAACUCAAAAGUUGAACAUGUAUCAAGCUAUAAAUCAUGGACUUGCUCUGGCUUUGGAAAACGAUCCACGCACAGUCAUAUUUGGCGAGGACGUGGCUUUCGGAGGUGUUUUCCGUUGCACGAUGGACCUGAAGAACCGUUUCGGCGCCGCGCGCGUUUUCAACACGCCUCUCUGCGAACAGGGUAUCGUCGGCUUCGGAAUCGGCCUGGCCAACAUGGGAGUAACGGCGAUUGCCGAAAUACAAUUCGCUGAUUACAUUUUCCCCGCUUUUGACCAGUUGGUAAACGAAGCGGCCAAGAUGAGAUACCGUAGCGGCGGCAUGUUUGACUGCGGCAAACUUACGGUUCGCGCACCCUGCGGAGCUGUCGGCCACGGCGGUCUUUAUCACUCACAAAGCCCGGAAGCUUACUUCGCGCACACACCUGGUUUGAAGAUCGUCGUGCCGCGCGGAGCGACGCACGCCAAGGGUUUGCUGCUGAGCUGCAUAGACGAGCCAGAUCCCUGUAUCAUGUUCGAGCCGAAAGUGCUUUAUCGCACGGCAAUUGACGAGGUGCCCUUGGAGCGCUACAAGAUCGAAAUCGGCAAAGCUGAGAUUGUGAGGGAAGGUGACGCGGUGACGCUCGUCGGCUGGGGCACUCAGGUGCACGUACUGCUGGAGGUGGCCGAUCUAGUCCGGGAGCAGCUCGACGUAUCCUGCGAGGUGAUAGACCUCAUUUCCAUCCUACCUUGGGACGCGGAACUCGUGUGCGAGUCGGCGAGGAAAACCGGACGCCUUGUUAUCGCCCACGAAGCGCCGAUGACGAACGGAUUUGGGGCGGAAAUAGCGGCGACCGUGCAGGCGGAGUGUUUCCUGCACUUGGAGGCGCCGGUUCGACGAGUCACCGGAUGGGACUGCCCGUUCCCGCACAUCUUCGAGCAGUUUUACCUGCCGGACAAGUGGCGUUGCUUCGCGGCCGUUCGGGAUAUUCUCAACUACUGAGAGUCAGCAGACAACAGAAACAAUUUUACAUUUCUGACUGUUUUUCUUCAUUGAUCAAUAAAAACAAAAACAAAAGAAA